AGCUGUCUCCACAAAGAAACUAAAUUCUGCAAUUUGUCAAUCCCAUUUCCACAUUGCACAAGAAGCUCUGAUUUAGGAAACCCAAAAUUCAAUUCCCAAAAUCUAAUUUUACCAAAUAUGAAAAACUCAGAGAAGCUCAUUUGGGCUCCGGCCACCGGAUCCCCUCACUCCCGGUCACUCCCAAAACUCUUAAUCUUCCUCAUCCUGUUCCUCUCCGUCACUUACAUCGUCUACACCCUCAAACUCCUCUCCUCCGACGAACCCUGUCCAGACGCCGACGAACCCAUCACACUCAACAAACAACAUCUCUCCAUCCCUUCAAUUUCAUCCCCGAUCAGAAAUCAAACAAUCCCCAAUUUCCCACUAAAACCCCACGUCCAAACCGAAAUCCAAGACAUAGUUUUCGGAAUCGCCGCAUCGGCCAAUCUGUGGGAGAAGAGAAAGGAGUACAUAAAGCUCUGGUUCGAACCCACCAAAAUGAGAGCCGUGGUGUGGAUGGAUGGGCCGGUGGCUACGACAACAGAGGAUUCGAAACUGCUGCCGCCGGUGGUGGUGUCAGGAGACACGGCGAGGUUCGCGUACAGGAACCGACAGGGUCGCCGGUCGGCGAUAAGGAUAUCGAGGAUAGUGGGGGAGACGGUGCGUUUAGGGGCGGAGAAUGUGAGGUGGGUGGUGAUGGGGGAUGACGAUACGGUGUUUGUGGCGGAGAAUCUGGUGAGAGUGUUGAGGAAAUAUGAUCAUAAGGGGUUUUAUUACAUUGGAAGCUCGUCGGAGAGUCAUUUGCAGAACAUUCAUUUGUCGUAUGGAAUGGCGUACGGAGGAGGAGGAUUCGCAAUCAGUUAUCCGUUAGCGAAGGCGAUAGAGAAAAUGCAGGACGGGUGUUUGGAGAGAUAUCCGGGACUUUAUGGGUCUGAUGAUCGGAUUCAGGCUUGUAUGGCGGAACUCGGCGUCCCACUCACUAAAGAACUCGGCUUUCACCAGUACGACGUUUAUGGCAACUUGUUCGGGCUACUUGCAGCGCAUCCAGUGACUCCCUUGGUAUCGCUACACCAUCUCGACAUCGUUGAGCCCAUCUUCCCAGACACCACAAGACUCGAAGCUCUCCAUCGACUCUUAAUUCCAAUGCGGCUGGACUCAGCAGCCUUGAUGCAGCAAUCCAUCUGCUACGACAGAGCUAGGGGGUGGACCAUCUCCCUCUCUUGGGGAUUCACAGUCCAAAUAUUCCGUGGCAUUUUUUCGCCCCGAGAGAUCGAAAUGCCUUCGAGAACAUUCCUGAACUGGUACCGAAAAGCCGAUUACACUGCCUAUGCAUUCAACACUCGCCCUGUUACCAGAAAUCCCUGCCAGAAGCCCUUCAUCUUCUACUUUUCAAAUGCCACUCUCAACUCCUCUGCUAGCCUUACUGUGACCGAGUAUGUGAAAGACCGUUCACAACAUCCGUUUUGCAAAUGGAAGAUGGCUGAUCCUGCUCACCUUCAAAUGGUCAUGGUGUUUAAGAAACCAAACCCCAACCUUUGGGAUUCUGUAAGUAUUUCACCACCGUUUUCUUCUUCUGAACUUUAUAAUUACUGUGCAUGUUUGAAAGUGAUUUUGGUUAAAAUCACUCUGAAACAUAUCUUCAAUCAUUUGAAAUCGACUCAAUGUUAAAUUUUAUCUUUUUAAACGCAUUUUUCAUAUUAUUAAAAAGAAUUUUUGAGUAAUUUUAAAAAUAAUAAAAAUGAUUUCAACAAUUUUAACAACUUUAAAAUCACUCAUAAACUAAGUUUGGAAUGGC